CCAAGUUCAGUUCGUGUUUGAGUCGACUCUGGUUCGGAUCGCGCGAAUAAAGUUGCGGUGAUGCGUUUUGCGCCUCGCGAUUUUUUUCGGGUCGAAAAUUGGUGUAAUUUCCGUGGGUUAAUUUGGAAGAAAAUGCGCUCUUAGUUUGCAGGGUUGUUGGUGUAAUCAAGAGGAAAAAUUCUGUUGUGUAUGUGUGUUUAAAUAAUUACACCGGUGAGCACGCAGAAGAGGGGGGUUGGUGGAAAAUUAUAAAGUCAGUCUCAAUAAUUGGCCAGAUCGGGAAAUCCCCUGGCCAGAGCUCCAAGUGUUUCUGUGUAAGUGUGCAAAGUGGUGUGUUUUGUUCACACGAGAUUAGCCCGAAAAUAAAAGGCUAAAAAGGAAAAGAAGUUUACAAAAAAAAAAUCAAGUGUUUGAUAAGUAAAACGUAGAACCGAAAUUUUGUGACGACCGUCGAAACGCGAGAGAGCGAGCGAGAGAGAGGAUUAUUAUUUUGCUGGCCUCAGCCGGUUGAUUUGCACGGAGAGCGGCUCAAAAGUGCGAGAGGAUCGCAUCGUGCACGGCCUGUGCGGAAAGUCUUGCAACGCCUCCUCGCUAACCCGGCUGUCGCCACCCGGCACCUCGUCACACCAAGCUGGCGGAAAUGUCGACAGAACGGGAACUCACUCCCGGAGGGCCCCCACCGAUGCAUCCGCUGUCCUAUUCGGACCUGGCCUCCCACAUCCAGCUGAACGGCGUCAACGUGAUGGCGAAGAAUUUUAGCGAAACGCCGUGGAAUACUUCGCCGCCAAGGCCUCCAAGUCCGACUCAGUCGCAGACCAGCUUCGAUACACUCUCACUUGGACCGUCCGACAUCACGUCGACCGAGCAUGCCGUCGAUGCAUUUCUCGGAACGACAACGGAGCUGAUAGACCUGACGAUACAGCUAGAUGCGACGACCCAACGACGCGACGCUAUCCGCAAGGAACGCAAAGCCAAACGAGCUCCUCCAGCUGGUGCGACCGUCAACCCGACCCCGACGACCACUUCCGGCGCGCAGAAUGUCGCGACCAGCGCCCUCGGGGUCGUCCCGGCGACGCCGCCAGCCCCGCCGGAUCUGCCGGUGUUCACCUGCCCGCGGCGGCCAAAUCUGGGCCGCGAGGGUCGUCCGAUCGUGCUGCGUGCGAAUCACUUCCAGAUCACGAUGCCCCGGGGCUUCGUGCACCACUACGACAUCAACAUCCAGCCGGACAAGUGCCCGCGCAAGGUCAACCGGGAGAUCAUCGAGACGAUGGUGCACGCGUACAGCAAGAUGUUCGGCGCCCUCAAGCCGGUCUUCGACGGGCGGAACAACCUGUACACGCGCGAUCCGCUUCCGAUCGGGAACGAUCGCGUUGAGCUGGAGGUGACGCUGCCCGGAGAGGGGAAAGAUCGGGUGUUCCGCGUGACCAUCAAGUGGGUUGCGCAGGUUUCGCUGUUUAACCUGGAGGAAGCGUUGGAGGGACGUACCCGGCAGAUUCCGUACGAUGCGAUCCUGGCGUUGGACGUGGUGAUGCGCCACUUGCCCAGCAUGACCUACACGCCGGUCGGACGGAGCUUCUUCAGCUCGCCGGAUGGAUACUACCAUCCCCUUGGAGGUGGUCGUGAAGUUUGGUUUGGUUUCCACCAGAGCGUGCGACCCUCGCAGUGGAAGAUGAUGCUGAACAUUGACGUGUCGGCCACCGCCUUCUACAAGGCCCAGCCGGUGAUUGAGUUCAUGUGCGAAGUGCUCGACAUCAGAGACAUCAACGAGCAGCGCAAGCCGCUCACCGAUUCGCAGCGCGUCAAGUUCACCAAGGAGAUCAAGGGCCUCAAGAUCGAGAUCACCCACUGCGGUACGAUGCGCCGCAAGUACCGGGUUUGCAACGUCACCCGGCGUCCGGCCCAGAUGCAGUCCUUCCCGCUGCAGCUGGAGAACGGCCAGACGGUGGAGUGCACCGUGGCCAAGUACUUCCUGGACAAGUACAAGAUGAAGCUGCGCUAUCCGCAUCUGCCGUGUCUGCAGGUCGGCCAGGAGCACAAGCACACCUACCUGCCGCUGGAGGUCUGCAACAUUGUGGCGGGGCAGCGUUGCAUCAAGAAGCUCACCGACAUGCAGACGUCGACGAUGAUCAAGGCCACGGCCAGAUCCGCUCCGGAUCGUGAACGUGAAAUCAACAACCUGGUUCGCCGCGCCGACUUCAACAACGACGCGUACGUGCAGGAGUUUGGCCUGGCCAUCUCCAACAGUAUGAUGGAGGUUCGCGGGCGGGUGUUGCCGCCGCCGAAGCUGCAGUACGGAGGGCGCGUUUCCAGCAUGAGCGGACAAUUACCCUCUGGUCCACAGAACAAGGUGAGCUUAGCAUUACCAAACCAAGGGGUUUGGGACAUGCGAGGCAAACAAUUUUUCACUGGCGUCGAGAUCCGCGUGUGGGCCAUCGCCUGCUUCGCGCCCCAGCGAACCGUCCGGGAGGAUGCGCUGCGCAACUUUACCCAGCAGCUGCAGAAGAUUUCCAACGACGCCGGGAUGCCGAUCAUCGGACAGCCCUGCUUCUGCAAGUACGCCACCGGGCCGGACCAGGUCGAGCCGAUGUUCAGAUAUCUGAAGAACACGUUCAACCAGCUGCAGCUGGUGGUGGUCGUGCUGCCCGGCAAGACCCCGGUUUAUGCUGAGGUCAAGCGCGUCGGAGACACCGUCCUGGGAAUGGCAACCCAGUGCGUGCAGGCCAAGAACGUCAACAAGACGUCCCCGCAGACGCUGUCGAAUCUGUGCUUGAAGAUUAACGUCAAGCUGGGCGGCAUCAACUCGAUCCUCGUGCCAUCGAUCAGACCAAAGGUCUUCGACGAACCGGUCAUCUUCCUGGGCGCGGACGUGACCCACCCACCGGCCGGCGACAACAAGAAGCCCUCGAUCGCGGCCGUCGUCGGCUCGAUGGACGCCCAUCCGUCGCGGUACGCCGCCACGGUUCGCGUCCAGCAGCACCGCCAGGAGAUCAUCCAGGAGCUGAGCAGCAUGGUGCGCGAGCUGUUGAUCAUGUUCUACAAGUCGACCGGGGGCUUCAAGCCGCACCGGAUCAUCCUGUACCGGGAUGGGGUGUCCGAGGGACAGUUCCCGCACGUGCUGCAGCACGAGCUGACGGCGAUCCGCGAGGCGUGCAUCAAGCUGGAGGCGGACUACAAGCCGGGCAUUACGUUCAUCGUGGUGCAGAAGCGCCACCACACGAGGCUGUUCUGCGCGGACAAGAAGGAGCAGAGCGGCAAGUCCGGCAACAUUCCGGCCGGAACGACGGUGGACGUGGGAAUCACGCACCCGACCGAGUUUGACUUUUACCUGUGCAGUCACCAGGGUAUUCAGGGUACCAGUCGCCCGUCGCACUACCACGUCCUCUGGGACGACAACCACUUCGAGUCGGACGAGCUGCAGUGCCUGACGUACCAGCUGUGCCACACGUACGUCCGGUGUACGCGGUCGGUGUCGAUCCCCGCACCAGCCUACUACGCCCAUCUGGUGGCGUUCCGGGCCAGAUACCACCUGGUCGAGAAGGAGCACGACUCGGGCGAAGGAUCUCACCAGAGCGGUUGCUCCGAGGACCGGACGCCGGGCGCGAUGGCCCGUGCAAUCACCGUACACGCAGAUACCAAAAAAGUUAUGUACUUUGCUUAAAGUAUUUCACGUCGCUUUUUUUUAAAUUACCUUGUAUCGAUUCGGUUCAAAGUUGUGUUACAUGUACCAAUUGUACUAUUUAUUUACCCCUCAAAAAAACCCGGGACGGCGAAACGCACGAUUUUCUCGCAAGAUUUUCAAACACAAAAUUGUACAUUUCAGUAGUAGCGAUACACAAAAAAAAAAAAUACGUUGGAACCGUAAAAGCAAAUUAAGAAACAAACACCAACAGAGAAAGUUGUUUAGUCAGGAUUUAACACAAAAAGUAACGAAAACCUAUGGAAUUAUUUAAAAUAGAAUAUUUGUAUUUUUCAAACCUUCCUUUUUAUUUGAUCUUAUAUUUAGCUACGACUUAAAGCGCAUACGUUAUAUAGGUUAGGUUUAGUUCUUGUACGCAAUUCAAGGUAGAGGUAGUAGAACAGCCGAUCGUUGGCGAAAAGAGGCUCCGCCCACCCCUCAAAAAAACUCGAGCAAUAGCAAUGCAAACAGGGCGGAGUCGAGAUUCGUCACGUCACUAUCACACCAACACAAGGGAAAACAACAAAAUCAAACAAAAAAACGCAGAGGUUUCUUUAGUCAGUCUUUACUUUUGCUCAAAGUAUACAAAACAAAAACAAAAAAGAACAUGCUGAAAACAUCCUGAAUAGGUUUCGAUAUGGCUUUAAUCCAAAACUGAGAGUAGAAAAAAAAAGAAACACAAAGGUUAGACAUUUUUCCAAGCUUCCAAUUUAGUUUUAACACACAAACACACACUAUUUCUAGAGCGUGCGCGCGUUUAGAUUUUAAGUAAAGAGGCUUUUAACAAACACACUUUUCGCAAAAGUUCGCAAACUUACUACCCCUUUUCUGCUUUACUUAGUGCUUUAUUUACAAUCUUUUUUUCUGCGUUCGUGUUAGGUAAUUUAACAAAUUUUGUUCUCAAACUCUGAAUUGUGCGCGAAAUAAACGGAUAAACGAACAUGAUA